UCUCUCUCUCUCUCUCUCUCUCCCUCCCUCUACUUUCUCUCUCCUCUCUGGCCGAGAAACACGCAGAUUAUUGAGAUUGCCGUCGACGUAUCUGUCAUAGUUUCUCAAUUAACAAACAAGACAAGAAAAUUUCUUCCCUUUUUUUCUUCCCUAUUCUUUGUUUUUAGAGAGAGAAGAGGAGGAGAGAGAGAGAGAGAGAGAGAGAAGAGAGAGAGAGAGAGAGAGAGAAGAGAGAGAGAGAGAGAGAGAGAGAGAGAGAAGCCGACUUGUUUGAUAAAAUUCUCCAAAAGGGCCCUCCUUUGAUCUGAAAACGAGAUGAAGAUGGAGAAAGGGAGAGACCCUCUUCAUAUUUCUCCAUUCUAUUGACAACCCAUUUCUCAAAAUUCAAUCUUUUUCUGCUUGGUGAUGAGAAGGCAUGGCAACGAACAAACCGAAUUCCAAGAGGGUGUAUCAGGUUUGGAAAGGGAACAAUGAGUAUUUGGUGAUGCUGUUUUAAUGAACAAUGGGUCAUGAUUCUUUGCUUAUGAGGUGAUAGUAGUUGCAGUGAUGUUAUAUUAGAGAUGAGAGCAAGACUAGUUCUUCUGUGUUGAUGAUAGUAACAAGUAGUUCCCAUCAUCAUUUUGGUCAAGAAAGUCAUUAGGAGCAAUAUUUCCCUCAUUGGAGAGAUUUUGCUGUGGAGGGAGACUUGUAUUUGGUCCGGAUGUUGCAUCACUGUUUCUAUCCAUGCUUCUGAUAGCUGGUCCAGCAAUACUAUUCUGUUUCCAGAUAACGAGAAAAAUCAAAGAUCAUAUCGAUCAUGAAGGGAAUGAUGCAAGUCAUCAGAAUCACAUUCUUGGCUUUCCAGUGUUAUUUGUGACCAUAAUCAUCAUGUUCUUGGACUUGACUUUUCUUUUAAUGACAUCUAGUAGAGAUCCAGGGAUAGUACCGAGAAAUUCAAGACCUCCAGAAUCAGAAGAAGCAAUUGAUGUCACUACUCCAUCUAUGGAAUGGAUUAGUGGCAGAACCCCACACAUGAGAUUACCGAGAACAAAGGAUGUCAUGGUAAAUGGUUAUUCGGUAAAAGUAAAAUAUUGUGAUACAUGCCUUUUGUAUCGCCCACCACGCGCUUCACAUUGUUCGAUCUGCAACAAUUGCGUUCAGAAGUUUGAUCACCAUUGCCCUUGGGUUGGUCAGUGCAUUGGACUAAGAAACUACCGAUUCUUUUUCUUGUUUAUAUCCACAUCGACGCUACUCUGCCUAUAUGUCUUCACCUUCUCAUGGUUGAAUAUAAUCAAGGAAAAGAAGAAUCAUCAUAACUCCCUCUUGAGGUCGAUGACCGGUGAAGUCAUCUCACUUGUGCUCAUUAUAUACACUUUCUUGACCAUGUGGUUCAUUGGUGGGCUCACCAUCUUCCAUACCUAUUUGAUCUGCACAAAUCAGACAACUUAUGAAAAUUUCCGGUAUCGUUAUGAUAAGAAGGACAAUCCAUAUAACAAGGGUGCAUUGCAGAACUUCAUCGAUGUGUUUUUCUCCAAAAUUCCCCCUCCAAUGAAUGAUUUCAGAUCAUGGGUGCUUGAAGAGAUGAUAGAAGUUGGAUGUUAUACUCCAAAUAUGGGAACCGAUAUCACAACUUCAAAGGAGAAGGUCGACAUAGAUAUGGCCAGUAAACUUCAAUUAGGUGGCAGUACAUCGAUACCAACUAUAUUACAGAAUUUGGAUUAUACCACUGUUGAUUGUGAUGAUUUAAAUGAGAAGGUUACAACCGACGAACCAAAUAUCCAGGAGGAAAAUCAAAUAAAUUAUAGUUACUCUGGAGUGCGACCGAUUGUGGAUAAAAGCAUUGAGGACGAAGCAAAUGCAGUGGUUGUGAUUGCGACGGAUUACGAGGUUAAUAACUCCAGUAGGAUUUUACCCUCUUCUGAUCAUAAUAUUCAAGUGCUAACGACAUAAGGCUUGGCAAGUUAGUUGCGUCGACUUUUCCGAGGAUGCCAUCAAGGUACAACCUUCGGUGAUGUGCUGAUCUCUCAAAUUUUCUUGGUACAUGCACCUAGGAUUCAAUGCUCUGCUCAUUUAAAUCCUCGGAUUUGAAUUUUUUGGAUGCGGAAAUAAAAUUGAAUUUAGCUGCUCGACAACCGGGGAUAAGAAUCCUAGGUGCAGAAAGAAGGGAGGAUAACCUUCUUACAUGUAUGUAUCAGUUCUUGAUAUGUAGAGUUUUGUCUGUUUUGUUUUUGUUUUUAUUUUUGUUUUCUUUUGGAGACAGUGUAGUUUUCUUUUUUUGUUUUGUUUUUUAAUUUUAUUGCAAUUGUAGACGAGCAUAAGCCUGCAUGAAGAGAUGCGUAGAUAAAAGACAAGAAUGCUUGAUAAUUGAUGUUACAGGAUGACAUAUACGUACAAAUGUUAGUUAAAUGGCGUCACUAAUUGGGAGCUCUUAUUAUUGGUUCCUCUUUUUUUUU